AUGUAUAAAUAUGGUACUAAUGUGGUUUUCUUAAUUGUUCUGUGUUUAUUUAAGUAAUAUUAAUUCUAAUAGCAGAUUAUGUUUGAGUGAUUGCGGAUUUAUAAAUCCUGGAUCUAGUUUAUUGAGUUUAACUGAUCCCUAAUAAUAAUUAGACGUAAAUUUAGAUAAUAUGGUGCUACAAGGUUUAUCAAAUAUUGGCUAUGGGUUGUGGAUUAAGUAUCAACCUUUUUUGCCUAUUUCUUAGAUUGGUAUGAUUUUAUUUAUUAAUCAGCGACUUCUUCUUCAACUUUAUAUGCUGGAAGCAUGCCAAAUAAAAAUACUAUUUUUGCUGGAUCUUUUAUAUAUAUGUAACAGUAAAAAGACACAAAAUUUAAUAUGCUAACUGUCUAUAUAACAAUAUCAUCUGCCACUAACACAAUAGUUCAUAAUAUAUUUUAUUCGUUUCAAUCAACAACAGGAACAGUUUCUUUUGAUUUUGAUGUUGAAGAAUAUGAAGGAAGAUGGAUAUUGUUUUAUGUUUUUUAUGAUCUUUUGUUAAAAUAAACAACAAUAGGUUUUUAUUAAGCAGAAUAAACAACUUCAACAAAAAAUUAAUUGUUAUAAGAUAUUCCUUCUUUGGUUAAAUAAGUAAGACAUACAAUAGGUGGGACAUAAGAUAUUAAAAAUUAAUUAGGAGAAACUCUAACUUUAUCAUAAUUUAAAGGAAGAUUAUCCACUUUAUUUAGUUAAGAAAUCAACGUAUUUUUAGAUUUAAAUUAAUUUUUAUCAACUUGUGAGAUUGUUUCUUCUUGUUCUAUAAAGCCUUAUAAAUUAUCAGGUUAUAAUUAAAUUAUGACUGGUUAUGGAUUUAUGUCAAAUUCAACAGAUUAAUAAGAAUAUUCAAAAUAUGUUAUAAAUGGUUGGGUUAAAUUGGAUUUCUUAACGGAAGAUUAUUAUCUUGAAACAGUUAUAUUUAGAAUUACAAUAAAUAGUAAUUACAAUGAUGAUAUGACAAUUGGAGAUAAGGAACUCUAUCUAAAAUAUUAUUAAAGUAUAAUUGCUUCUUAAAAUGGUUUUUCAAUUACAACUUAUACUUACAAUUUUCCAGUAGAAAUUAAAUAAUCAAGUUCUGGUACAGAUAUUAUAACAGUAACUGGAAUUCAGUAUUAAGAUCUUUUGAUUAAUUGGCAUUAUAUUUAAUAUGAAAUUGGAACAAAUAAUAAUUAUGGAUAACCUUUAUUUUCAAUAUUUUAUCCAUCUUAAAAUCAAGUUUUUUAAUAUAAAUGGACAAUGCCAAUAAAUCAUUUUACAGGAACAAUUUUACAUUAUUUUGUAGGAGGAGACAAUUUUACUAAAAAUUAUUUAGUUGGAUAAUUAAGUGAUUUAACUUUAACUCUUUAUUGUACAACCCCAACUAUAACAUUUAAUAUAAAAUGUCAUUACACUUGCAAUACUUGUGAUGGUCCUACAAUAUCAAAUUGUUUAUCAUGCCCAGCUAAUAGUUUCAGAGUUUAAUCUAUUACUUAGAAAACAUGUACUUGCAAGAAUAAAUAUGUUGAUAUUGAAAAUGAUCCAAUAUGUUAACCAGUUAUAGUUAAAUUCCCAUAGCUUGAAGAAGAUGAAGUUUAAAUCUAUUGUAAUAAAAUUGGUUUUGAUAUUUGUGAAGGAAAUUUUCAAAAAUGCUCUUUUGGAUAUUUUUUAUAUAAAAAUAGCUGUAUAUAAUGGUAUUAAAAAUAAUUAUUACAAGUCCUGGUUACUAUUUAUAUACUUCGAGAUAUAGUAUAAAGUGUUCAGAUUGUUUAUUCGAUCCUCAAGGAUUUGCUACUUCUUUGUAAUGUACAGAGGACACUUAAACUUAUGAGAAUGACGAAGAUAAUUCAUAUAUCACUAUUCAAAGAUCAAAAAGAGAAAUUGAAUUUUAUCAAGUAAGAUUAAAUUUAUAGAAUGAAUAUGAAUUAAGUCUAUAAUAUGGAUUUAAAUUAUUAGGGGUUUGCAAAGAAGGAUAUUUUUUAGAUUCUAAUCAAUAAUAAUGCAAUGCUUGUCUUGAUGGUUGUAAAAAAUGUGUAUAAAAAGAUAUUUGUUAAAAUUGCUAUUAAAAUUAUGCUCUAACAUAUGAUUAUUCAUGUUAAAAAUGCUAAGGAUGCACUAAUUGUAUAUAUCAAUAUGAAAAAACCUAUUGUCAAAUUUGUUAAACUGGAACAUAUUUAAAUUAAUAAGGAUAGUGUUUACCUUGUGGAUAAUUUUGUGCUAGCUGCAAUGAUUAAGGCUAAUGUGAUUAUUGUGAAAAUCCAUUCAAUUUUUUUUUAUCUUUUGAUGGUAAAAAUUGUGAAAUCUGUUCAAUUCCUAAUUGUUCAAUAUGUUAUCAUCAUUUAAAAAUUAAAAAAUCUUCUUAAACUAAAUUAGAUAUAGAUUCUUCAGUAAUUGAUUUGAAUGAAACCUAAUUAUAAAUUCAUUGUGCACUAUGUUAAUAAACCUUUUAUUUUAACCAAAUUACUUUAUAAUGUGAAAAAGCACCAGUAUCUUCAUCCUCUCAAAAUGAUCCAAAUGAUCCUAUUUAGGUUGAUUUAGGUAAAGAUUAAGAAGGAUCAUUUAUUAGUAAUUCAUGCAAUUUUGGUCUAAUCACAGAUUCUUUAGGUACAAAUAAUUGUUUAAUUGGUACUAUUGCAACAUCUACUCAAUCUACCUUUUGUCCAACACUUAGUAAUUGUUUAUAAUGCAUUUCGAAUUACAUCUCUACAAACUCAUUUUGUAUUGUAUGUAUUGAUGGAUAUUAUUCAGCUAUUUUAACUGGAAAAUGUAUGUAAUGUGGAUCCAAUUGUAAAUCAUGUCUUUAAUAAAAUAAAUAAUUUAAAGAUUAUUGGAAAUGGGAAAUUAAAGCUUACUACAAAUAUGUUUACAAUUCUGAUGAUUCCCAUCCUUUUGAAUAACAUGCAACAUAUACAUCUGAAUCAGAUUUUGAAUUGAUUUGUACAUCAUGUCCUAUUGGGUAUAUUCUUUAUGACUUUAAUUGUAUUAAAGAUUGUAAUAAAGAUUGUACUUAGUGUAAUAUUAUUAAUGGAGUCUCCACAUGUGUUUAAUGCUUGGAAACACCUUUUGGAUUUCUAAAGAGCUAAGAUUCUUAAGGUAUAUGUCUUACUUGUCCAAACUAUUGUGCUGCUUGUUAAGAGAGAUCAACCUAAGAAAUUUAAAAUAUUAAUCCUUAUUUCAUAACUACUGACAACAAUAUUAAAUAUACUAGAAUCUGCUAUGAAGGAUUUUAAUAGGACUCUUAAGAAGGUUUUUACUAUAACGAUUAUAAUGUAUAAACCAUUACCUUUUGUGAAAAAUAUGAUAAAUGUUAUCAUAAAGCUAUUCUUAAAUAAAAUGUUUAUUGUGAAAAUAAUUCUUUCAACUAAGAUUUAGAUAAAAGUGCAGAUAAAAUUUAUUUUAAAUAAAAUAAUAUUUUUAUUGAGGAUCUUUUUACUAUAGGUUAUCUUAGUGAAGUUGAAACCGUUAGCUUAUAUACUUAUUUUAAUGAAAAAGUAAUUAGAGAAGUAGAAUAUUAAUAUACGCUCAUCUAAUCAAAUGCAGCUGCAUGUACUCUAAACUCUAAUUCUUUAUUAUUAGCUAAAAUACAAUAAAAUGUAUUUUCAGUUUAACAAGUAAAUUUAAAAUUGAUUGGUGAUAAAUAUCCAACUACUAUUAUUAUCGAUACAACGUUACAAAUAAAUAAUUUCUAAUCUAUAUCAUUUGAAAAUAUUUAAUUUGAAACUUCUAUUUAAUUAAACAAAGAUUCUAAAUUAUCUUUUAUAACUUUGGCAAAUAGAUAAUCAAGCAUGCAUUUAAGCUUAUAAGAUUGUGUAUUUACUACUACUAAUGCAACUUAAUAAUUAAAGUAAUUUUAAUUCAUUUCAGAUAAAGGAUACUCAUUAUAUAUCGAAAAUUUGAUAUUAAGAGAUUUUAAAGUUUUAGAUUCCUCUAUUUUUUAAUUUUAUAUCUCUUCAGGCUAUUAAAAAAAUGCAAUUAUUAAAAGAUUAUAAAUUUCAACUUCAUAUUUUUAAAACUCAAACUUUCUUAAUUUUUAAGCUAAAUCAAAUGAUCUUUUUGUGAAUCUCGAAAUAGAUUAAAUAACCAUAUCUGAUACUAAAUUUGAUAAAUCUAAUUUAACCUAUACAGAAACAUAGCUUGAAUAUGAUAUUGGAACAAUUUUUGUUAACAAUAUUAAUUUGGUUGGUGUUAAUUUAAAGAAUAAAUCAACGAUAUUUUCAGUUUAAGGAGCUGCAUCAUUCAUUACAAAAAAAGCAAUAAUUUUAGAAUCUCUAUUUUAUAGUUUUUCUUAUUUUUACUUAUCUAAUGUAAUAUAAAUUUCAGACUUUUAUUUCAACAACACUAUAAUAGACAACAGUACUCUGAUUACAAAUGAUGCAGAUUAUGCAAUCUCAGAUUAAUCAUUAGUAAACGCAGCUAAUAUUUCAAUUUUUAAUUGCAAAAUAGAAAAUAUUAAUUAUACCAAUUCAUAAGCAAUAUUAAAGUUAGUUUUAUAUGAUAAGAUAAUUCAACAAAUAGUACAUAUCGAUUCAUUCACUUUAAAAAAUAGUUUAUAUUUAAUCAAUGACAUUUCAAAUUAUUUAUCUUAUGAGCAAUCCAAUAUCUACAUUGAGUGUUAUGAAUGUAAAUUGAUUUCAAUGUAAAUAUAAAGAGGAUAUGGUCUACCUGAAAUAGCUAUUUUACGCUCACAAAAUCUAUUUAUAAAGAACUUAAUUCUCAAUCAAUCCUCUUUUUAUUAUUCUAAAACUUUACAUAAAUCAUAUGAGUGUGUCUAAAAAUAUGCUUACACUCAAAUGUUUCAUUUUCUAUAUGUUGGAUUUUACAAAAGCAUCACAAUAAAUAAUUUAUAACUUAGCAAUAGUAUCACAUAUAAUAAUCCUUUUAUAAUUAUUAAAGGAUAUGAUUUAAUGGAAAAAAUCCAAAAUGAAAAUAUUUUUAUUUAAGAUUCUCUAUUUGAUUCAAAUAUGCUUAUCAUGUCAAAGGCAAAUCGAGCUACUUCUAUAAUUUCAAUUGUUUCAGAAUAGUAGUCAGUAGUUACUUUUAGUAAUGUAAAGUUUUAUUAUAAUCAUCUCAAUUAAUAUUUUCAAGAUUUAUCAAGAUAAUCUGCUUCAACAUUACUAAUUUAAUUACAAUAGGGUGACUUUUAUCUUGAGAAUUCUUAUUUUAAAUAAAAUCUGGUUACCAAUUCAACAGAUUCUAUUAUGUAUAUUAAAGCAAUAAGUAUAGGGAUAUCAAAUUCUAAAUUUUAUAAAAAUAACAUCUUAUAACUAUCUAUUAUAGGUAAUAACAUUUUAGUUCCAGAUGAAUAAAUUAAUAUUCCUGAAUUGAGCUUAACAAAUAUAUUUCCAAUAAAUUCUAAAAGUGGAAAUGGGUUAUUAAUCACAACAUCCCUUAAUUUGGAUAGAGUUAGAAUUGAUUAAUCUUUUUCAAAUUAUGGUGGUGGAUUUUAUAUCAAUACAUAAGGUACAAGUAGAAUAAAUAUAAAAAAUGCAAAAUUUUAAAAUACUUAAACUUCAAUGAUUAGUUCAUCUUUUUCAACUGGAGGUUGCCUAUAUAUUGAUGCAUAAUUAUCAAAAUUAACAUUAGUAAUAGAUUCAACAACUUUUGACACAUCUUUUAGUAGAGUGGAGGGAGGGGGCAUUUAUAUAAUUCCUUCUUAAUAAGAUAAUAAUGUUAAAAUGACUAAUUUAAAUAUAUUAGAUUGCUAUUCAUUAAAAAGUUCAUUUUUAUCAUUUUAAUUAUCAAAUUUGGAAAAUAUUUAAUCAAAGAUAUCUAUAAGUAACAGCAUUUUUGUAAAUACCUAAUUAGGAUUUGAUUCAUUUAUUUCACUUCUAUAAACUCCAAGUAUUACAGAACUAGAUAAUCUUAGAAGUAGUAAUUCUGAGAUAUCAAUUAAAUAUGGAGAUGUUUCUAUAAAUAAUUGUAGCUUUUAAUCAACAUAAUUUUCAUAUUUCUUGAACAUAGAAACUGCCUAAAAUAUAUAUUUAUAGAAUAUAGAAAUAAUUAAUUCCACAAUUUUACAUUCCCCACUUCUCAAACUUAGUCUAAGAUCAAGUAAUUAUAAACAAUUUAAAUUUAGACAACUUUGGUAUUAUAAUUAUCAAAAAUGUGACAAUUUAAAAUGUUAAAUAAAAAAGUUUGAUUGUUGAUACUCCUUGUUUGGUGACAACUAACAUAAUCUAAGAAUCUUUAGUAUGUCCUUUAAAUUCUCCUACUUUAAGUUCUAAUUUACUUGAUGAGAAUACAUCACAAAAUUAGGAAAUAUAAUUAGAAUGUAAUAGAUACCUUAUUUUCUAAAAUGUUUCUUAUAAAUUUAGUCUUGUAGAGAUAGAAGAUUUAUAAACAACUCAUUAUUUUUAAGCUGAAGAUUUAUUAUUUGAUUCGAUUUCUUGUUCUAAUUGUUAAUAUGGACUUAUCAGAAUUGAAGAGAUCUAAGAAUCAGAAUUAGAAAAUAUUUUCUUUUCAAAUGUGCAUAUAAAAGAUAGUGAUUGUGGUUAAACUGGUUGUAUAUCAUUGAUAUAAAAUGAUAGUAGUUCUAUAUUAAGAAAUGAUUUAUUAUCCUCCUUAAAUAAUAACAGGAUACUUUAAUAACAUGACUAUAAUAAUUUAACAUACAUUUUAUCUCAUUAAGCAAGAAUUAUUAAUUCUAUUUUUACAAAUAAUAAAGCAAUAUAUGGUGGAUCCAUCUUUAUAGUAGAAAUCUAGUCAAUAGUUUAUAGAUGCUAUUUUAAAAAUAAUACAGCCAGUAUUGGAGGUGCUAUUUAUUAUUUUUCAAAGAAGGCUGAAUUAUAUAUAUUUGAGAGUUAAAUACUUGGAAAUAAAGCCAAAAUUGCUGGAGGAUUAUACUUAAAUUCAUAAUCCUUAUAGACUACCAAAUAACUUGAUGUCUAUUUAUUAGAUAAUAAUUCAACACAUUUUGGUACUGAUGUUUUCGAAAAUCCAAGAUCCUUAACAUUAUCUAUUGAUGGUGGAUAGACUUAUCUAACAAAAAAAUAGAUCUCAAAGACUUAAACAUCUUUAGUAGAAGAAAUUGUCAUUACUCCUUAUAAAAUCUUGGGAUAUGCAUUAAAAUCUAAUUUUCUUAUGUUUCCAUCAGGAAGAGAAAUUGGAUCAUAUUAAUAUUUUGAUCAAUAUUCAUCAGAAUAUAUUCCAUAUAAUCUUACAUUUAGAAUCAUUGCAUUGAACAAAUACAAUACAUAAGAAAAAGAACUAGAAGGAUCUACCUGCACUAUUACUCCAAGUAUUGUUAAUUAUACAACUAAGGAAAUUAUUACAGGAUUAACAAUAAGCUUAUCAUAUACAAAUGUAAAAUUCAAUUAAACCUCAGGUGAUUUUAAUUUAGAUAAUCUUAUUAUUUAUUUUAAUCCCACUUAUGAAGCAGAAGUAGUAUUGCAAUUAUCAAUAUUUUGCAACAUAAUCUCAAUACCUAUUUAUUAACCCACUCCUCCUUUUUCUAUCAAUAGUACAAUAACAAAUUACAAAUUGUUAGUAAAUAUAAAAACAUUUCCAUGUUAAUUAGGAGAAUUUCUGAAUUCAACAUCUGGAGGUUGUACAUUGUGUGAUACAGUUUAAAAUUAAUAUUAAGUUUAAUGGAGUGCAUAAAGUUGUAGUUAUAAAGAUGAUUUAAAAAUGAAAUCAAUACAAUCUUCAAUGAUAGAAUUAAGAUCUGGUUAUUGGAGAGCUUAUUAUUAUAGUCAAACAAUUGAAUAUUGUUAUCAUUUACUUGAAAAUUGUUAAGGUGGUUGGAAACCUGGAGAUUAUUCAUGUACUUAAGGACAUAUUGGAGCUUUAUGUGAAUAAUGUGAUCUCUAUAAUACUAUUGGAUUAGGUUCAUAUUCUAUUAGUAAUAAAUAUUCUUGCGGAAAUUGUGAUCAAAUCAUAGGAAAUGUAUUAACAGUCUUUUUUAUAAGUGCAUGGACUCUAAUUUCAAUUUUAAUGUCCGUUAGUAGCACUGUUGAAAUGAUAGAAGAAUUUAUAGUUGGUUUGAGAUUAAAAGCAUUCGGUGUUACUGUAGUUAUCAAAUAAGCUUCAACAGCUAUUUUGAUUAAAGUCUUUACAAAUUAUCUAUAAAUUAUAUCUACUAUUGCCACAUUCUAACUUUAAGUUCCUUCUGAAUUAGCAUCAGUAGUUAAUAGUGUUGGAAAUCCUAUAGAAUCAAUGGCUUAUUCAUUAGAUUGUUUCCUUAUUACAAUCUCCGACAUUGCAAUUAUGUAUUUUAGAAUAGUUUGGAGUUUAAUGAUGGCUACUUCUUAUAUAACAGUUUUCUUUACAAUAGGAGGUAUUGCAAUAAUAGCUAAAUAUAUAAAGUAUAAUAUUUCCUUUAUUUCAACCGCUUUAAUAUAUAUUUUUAUUUAUUUGCAACCUAAUUUAAUAGGAGGCUUAAUAUCCCUGAUAUCUUAUAGAAUAAUUUCAAAUGAAUAUUGGGUUUAGGGUAAUGUUGCCUACAGAUAUGAUACAUAUUAACAUGCAAAAUGGCUGAUCACAUUUUGUUUUCCUCUUUUAUUAAUAUUCAGUAUUUUCAUCCCUACAUUUUUUUGGUAUGGAGUAAAGAAAAAUAAAAGCAAUUUAGAUAAGACAAAAGUUAGAUAAAAAUGGGGAUACUUGUAUAAUGAAUAUAAAUUACAUGCCUAUUAUUGGGAAACAAUUAAAAUUUUAUAAAAAUAAUUAAUCAUUAUUGUACUAGCAUAUUAUGACGAUCACAUUCCAAUUAAAGCUUCUCUUGUAUUUUUAGUUUUAUUUGGAUAUAGUUUUUUAACAACAUCUUAAAAGCCUUAUAUGACUGGGGAUUUGAAUUAUUUAGACACCUAAUCAACAGUAGUUUGUGCAGUUUCAAUUAUAUUAGGUAGUUCCAUAUAUAGUGCCUAACAAUCAGAUCUUUCUGAAAUAGUUUGGCCCUUUUAUAUAAUUAUUGGAAUUUUGAAUGGAUUAUUUAUUAUUAGAAUGUUAAUUAAAAUUUUAUUUGCCUAUUUUGAUAAAUUGCAUGAAUAAAUUGAUAAAGUAAAAGAAUUAAUCGUAAAUAAUUUCCCCAAUUUCAUAAAAAGACAUCCAUUUAUUUAAGAAUUGUUUGAGAGCAGAAAAAAACAACAAAUAAGAGUAAAAGAAAGGUAUGCAAAAAUUAGAAAUCAUUUGUUACCUUAAGCAAAAUUGGUACUUGAAUAUAGAAAGUAACUUAUUGAUAUUUACUAUUUAGAUAAAAUAAUUUAGAUUUGCCUUGUAGAAUUUCAACAUAGAUAUCAGAUAAUGAUGAAGAUUAUUCCUAGAAAAAUCAUUUCAAAAAUAAUGAUAUCAAUUUAGGAAUAAAUAGUCCAUUAUCUAGAGGUAGUCAUUAGGAUAAAAUUGACUCAUUAUUUAAAAAGCCUAAAUCUUCUAAAGUGUACCCAGAAUUAAUGAUCAAAUAUAUAAGUUAAGAUAGUUUAAAGUCAAGCAUUCAUUAAUCUUAACAAUGA